UCAGCGGUCAUCAUCGUCAGUGUUUGCGAGUAGAGUCGAAAUAUCUGGUACAUUUUGCCCGAUUUCUGGCCAGCAUUGCCGAAAUUUUACAUUUCGAGGUGUUAGCACGAUUUGGGAUGAAAAAUGGAUCAUAAUGAUCUGGAUUCCCUUGAAUCUAGCCAGUUGAGUAUGGAAGGUGUGAGCUCGAUGAACUCGCCACCCGACAUUAAACCAGACCUAGCCUCGCUUAACCCGAACAGUAAUUCCAACCCGAUAUCGUCAUCCGGUUUCUUCAUGUCGCACUCAAUGGGAUCCAAUCAGAUGUCACCAGGUUGGCCCUUACAACAGAGCUGGCCAUCCCGAGGCCUGUCAGACAAUGAGGCUGACGCACAUCCAUCAGUUACAUCUCCCUCCUUGAUGAACAUGGGCUCGCCAAACUCUGGCCUCAACUCACCAACAUCUCUCGGCGCUAUGUCUCCGGGGUCCAUCUCAUCCUUAGCCUCACCUGGCUCCAUGGCCUCACCAGAAUCCACUGUAGGAAUGUCAGGACUUUCAAAUAAACACAUUUGUGCAAUUUGUGGGGAUCGUGCGUCUGGCAAACAUUAUGGCGUAUACAGUUGUGAAGGGUGUAAAGGCUUCUUCAAACGAACAGUCCGUAAAGACCUAACAUACGCAUGCCGAGAUGAGCGGAAUUGCAUCAUCGACAAGAGACAGCGCAAUCGAUGCCAAUAUUGCCGAUACAUGAAGUGUCUGGCCAUGGGCAUGAAGAGAGAAGGUGUCCUUGUUACUACUUCAGCUGUUCAAGAGGAGCGCCAGCGCGUGAAGGAGAAGGGAGAGGGAGAAGUGGAGAGUACGAGCUGUGCAAAUUCAGACAUGCCAGUCGAACAUAUCCUCGAGGCAGAACUGGCUGUUGAGCCGAAGACUGACACCUAUAUAGACGCACAGAAAGAUGCGGUGACCAACAUUUGCCAGGCGGCAGACAAGCAACUCUUCACUUUGGUCGAGUGGGCCAAACGUAUUCCUCACUUCACAGAACUGCCUCUCGAUGAUCAAGUUAUAUUAUUGCGUGCAGGUUGGAAUGAACUUCUGAUUGCUGCAUUCUCACAUCGCUCCACGACUGUCAAAGAUGGCAUUCUAUUGGCCACAGGUUUACAUGUACAUCGUAGCAGUGCACACCAGGCCGGCGUGGGCACAAUAUUUGAUCGCGUGCUGACAGAACUUGUGGCGAAAAUGCGAGAGAUGAAAAUGGACAAGACAGAGUUGGGGUGCCUUCGAGCUAUUGUUCUUUUUAAUCCAGAUGCAAAGGGUCUGUCCAGCGUGCUCGAGGUAGAAAGCCUGCGUGAAAAAGUCUACGCAUCUUUGGAGGAAUAUUGCAAGACACAGUACGCAGAUGAGCCAGGACGCUUUGCUAAACUACUCCUUCGACUGCCAGCGUUACGGAGCAUCGGCUUGAAAUGUCUCGAGCAUCUAUUUUUCUUCAAAUUGAUCGGAAACACACCGAUUGACACUUUCCUGAUGGAGAUGUUGGAGGCACCGAGCCAAACAAUGUAACAAUUGUAAUCAGUCAGUGAAGCAGACGUUAAAACAUUUGAGGGAAUGUGAAACAUUUGGCAUAUUGUGCAUAGCAGCAAAUUGAAAGUGUUUUAUUCUUAGAAAUGUGGACAUUUUUGGAGUGUGAGAGAAGUAUUCAGCAGAUGUGUAUUUGAUGCAUUGGAAAACGAAUGUGUGAAUAUUUCAGACCUACGUUAAAUUUCAUUGUAUGCUGAUUCAGAAAGAAGAUUUCAAGAAACGUUUUUGAGAUAUUUGGGUUGGUAGAGAUACGUAUUUGGGCUUUCCAGUGCUGUUGUUUUUGGCUUUUUAAUUGUUUGCUGAAGAUGGUGAAAAGGCAUCAACAUUGCUUUUUAGCUCACCUCUUAGCAGAGGUGAGCUUAUCCCAUACCGUGGCGUCCGUCGUCCGUCGUCGUCGUCGUCGUCGUCGUCGUCGUCGUCGUCGUCGUCGUCGUCGUCGUCGUCGUCGUCGUCGUCGUCGUCGUCGUCGUCGUCGUCGUCGUCGUCCGUCGUCCGUCGUCCGUUAGCAGGGCACGUUUCGUAACUGUUAGAGCUAUUGAGUUGAAACUUGGUACACAUGUACCCUUAUUUAAUGACACCUGGGAGACCAAGUUUCGGUCCGAUUCGUUUCAUGGUUUGGCCACCAGGGGGCCAAACGUUAAAAGUGAAAAUAUGCAAUAUCUCCCUUAAUAGUAGUCGGGAAAUUUUGAAAAAAAUAUGGUAGGUACUUCUAGCAAAGGUGCAUCAUAUAUCCUCCGGGUUUUUGAUUUGACCUCCUUUUCAAGGUCACAGAGGUCAAAUG